AUGGCGGCCGACGUCUUCAUGCGUGCGGGCCGCUUCCCGGGCAGCAGCCGGGGGUCUCUGGCGGUGCCGCCGUUGGCCCGCCGCGCCGCGCCUGAGGAGGACUCUUCGUCGGACGACUCGGCGGAGGAGGCUGAGGAGGCGGCGGCGGCGGGGGGCGGGCGAGGCGGGCGGCGCGGGGGGCGGCUGCGAGGGGCCCGGGCGCGGCCGGCGCAGAUCAUCCACUCGGGCCACUUCAUGGUGUCGUCGCCGCACAGCGAGCACCCGCCCAAGAAGGGCUACGACUUCGACACCGUCAACGAGCAGACGUGCCAGACCUACCGCUUCGGGGCGGCGGCCGAGCGGGGCGGCGAAGGGGGCGGCGGCGGCGGCCAGGGGGGCGGCGGCGGAGGGGGCGGCCGGCUCAACAUCGACGCCUCCCUCACCAGGCUCUUCGAGUGCAUGAGCCUGGCCUACAGCGGCAAGCUGGUUUCGCCCAAGUGGAAGAAUUUUAAAGGCUUAAAGCUUCAGUGCAGGGACAAAAUCCGGCUCAACAACGCCAUCUGGAGGGCGUGGUACAUUCAGUAUCUGGAGAAGCGAAAGAACCCCGUCUGCCACUUUGUGACUCCCUUGGAUGGCUCUGUGGAGGUGGAUGAGCACCGUCGCCCUGAGGCUAUUGCAACAGAAGGGAAAUACUGGAAACGGCGGAUAGAAAUAGUCAUCCGAGAGUAUCACAAGUGGAGGACCUAUUUCAAGAAAAGGUUGCAGAAACACAAAGAUGAAGACCUCUCCAUGUUGGUUCGGGACGAUGACACGUUACUGUGGCAUAAGGACACGUAUGGCCGGGAAACUCCUGUCCCCAUGGAACUGGACUCCCUCUUCUCUACAGACAUGCUCAUGUCAGAAUUGCCGGACACCCUCUUCUCCACGCUCUCCUCUCACCAGCCGGUUUCCUGGCCGAAUCCCAGAGAGAUAGCUCACUUAGGAAAUGCCGACAUGAUCCAGCCGGGACUUAGUCCUCUCCAGCCCAACUGCAUGGAUACUUUUGAAUUUUUUCAGGAUCUUUUCUCAUUCAACCGUUCCAAUAACUACGCCAUCCCCACCGUUCCGGCUCCCAGCACUGUCAUGGGAGUCUCCUGCAGCCACCCCUCCCAGGCUGCAGAGCUGUCCUCGGGGCCUUUAGCUAACUCGCUCCCACCUGUGAACCUCGGCGAAGGGCUUGUUGCCACCGCAGUGCCUGCCUCCACCAUUCCCGGCUUGGCUGACGUCGGCGCUGACCUGGGCCCGAGGACCGGAGACUCCUUCCUGCAUACACCGGGCUUCGGCGCCGAGCCACCUCUGAGCGGGCACCAGCCGUUCCUGCCUUCGUUCCCAGCACUGGUGCCGCUGCUUCAGCAGCCGCAGCAGGUGCCCUUGCCGCUGGACGCCGGCAUGUCCUCCCCGGCCCCCUUGUUUGCUUCCCUGGAGGCCCCGAAGCUGGGGCUCAGCAAGUCCUCCGUCAUCACCCACACAGCUUCGGCCACCCCCACGCACAAUGUCCCCGCCACCACCUUCAGCCACAGCCCCAGCAGCCUCCUGGCAACCCAGCAGCCAGGGGCAGGCGUGCCUUGCAACCUGACCCUCCAGACUGCGAUUGCCCCAGGGCAACCUCUGCUGCAGCCCCAGGGAACCUUCGCACUCCCCUUGGCUAGUGCCGGGACUCGGCCGAAAAAGCCCCAGAAGAUUGUGCCUGCUCCCAAGCCGGAAAAGGUGUCCAUAGUGCUGAAGAGCGCCUUCCUCGCCCCAGCUGCCUUCCAGGGACAGCCCCGAGCUGUGAUUGUCACUCCAGCCCCCAUGAAGAGAGAGAGCGUUUUGGCCACAAGGAUCUCCCAGCCCAGCAUGGUCAUCGCCCCAUCUGGACUGGCCAGAGCGCCCCAGGCUACGGAAUUCCACGGCAGCAUUCUGCUCAGCCCGGGCCAGCAGUCUCCGAGCCCCCAGCCUGGCCCGGCCGCCGUUCCACAUCUCUUCUGUCCCAGUGUGAGGCAGGAGGCCUUGGUGAAAGGCGAGCAGGCCGUCUCCCGCAAAACCUGCCCCCAAGUCCCUUCACCUGUCCCCAGCAGAGACGGCCAGCCAUCGGGGCAGGCUUCCCCUUGCACCUCCGAACAAAGCCCCAGUCCCCAGUCCCCCCAGAACAACUGCUCAGGGAAAACCACGGCUGACCCUCAGGUGGUUGUUUUUAAGACCCGACGGAUGAAGCAUAUCUCAGCAGAACAGAAGCGGAGGUUUAACAUCAAGAUUGGCUUUAGCACCCUGAAUUCCUUAGUGUCGGCAAACUCGAAAUCAAUCAGCCACGCCCUCACCCUCCAGAAGACGGUGGAGUACAUCGCCAAACUGCAGCAGGAAAGAUCUCAGAUGCAGGAGGAAGCCAAGCGUCUCCGGGAAGAGAUCGAGGAACUGAACGCAACCAUUAUCUCAUGUCAGCAGCAGCUCCCCGUGACCGGCGUUCCCAUCACACGGCAGAGGUUUGAUCAGAUGCGAAGCAUGUUUGAGGAAUACGUCCGAAACAGGACCCUGCAGAAUUGGAAGUUCUGGAUUUUCAGCAUCAUCAUUAACCCCUUGUUUGAAACGUUCAACGGAAUGGUCUCCACGACCAGCUUAGAGGAGCUGCACCAGACAGCCUUGGCCUGGGUGGACCAGCACUGCUCCCUGCCUGUUCUGAGGCCAAUGGUUUUGAACACCCUCCGGCACCUGAGCGUCACCACCUCCAUUCUCUCCGACCCGUCCCGUUUGUCCGAGCAAGCUGCCAAGGCCGUCAGCAAGACAAACCAAACCGCUGGAGAAACCUAACCAAACCUUAUCCAAAGAGGGCAGCGCGAGCUCCUUAAGCCUGGGCGGGCAGGCAGGCAACCGAGCCUCACAAGACCUCAGAGCUUCCUUGCAGAAUCCA